AGGGAAGAGCGAAACCUGAAGCAGCAGAUGCUGAGGAGGGAUCUUGAGGAGCAGAUUGAGGAGAAGAAAAGGCAGAGAGAGAGGGAGAGGCUGCAGGAAAGAGAGCUGCAGAUGAAGGAGGAGGCAAGACUGCGCAGAGCAGGAGUUCGCGUCCCUUCCUCGCUCGCCAUCGGAGAAGGAGAUGACAGGCUGCCGGCCAUCGAAGAAGAGCUCGGAGGAGCGAUCCUCAAGACCGAAGACCAACUCUCCGGGAACCAGGAGGAGGAGGACGAGAGGGGGAAGGGGGAGGAGGAGGAGGACGGCCUGCUCAAGGACUUCAGACUGUACAAGAAGACAAGCCUCUCGGACAUCCGCAAACUUGACACUGACGAGAAGUAUGCCAAGUUGCAACAGGAGCUGAGGGACAUCAUAAAGGUACAAGAGUCUAUCCGAGGGGAACUCGCUCGGCAGAAUGUUGAGAUCUCAAGGAUGAGCUCACAAUCAACAGUGAAUGUCAUUUCGAGCAAACAGGCAAAGGUGUUGAUGGAAGAUUACUACAACAAUAUCCUGCAGAAUGACGACUGGAGAAAUCAGAAGCCAAAGUUCGAACCUCAACAAGAGCCGUCUUCUCGCCCCGUGAAUGCAUCGACCAAUCAGAUCCCAGCCAUCAUCCGAUCCGAAGCGAAGCUGCUUUACCCCAAUGACCCCAACUACACGGGGCUUGGCAUGCAGGAGUCGCUCAUGAGAGGAGGAGGGGAGGAGGAAGGGAAGUUGGAUCUCGAUCGUCUCAUCCUCAAGAACAAGAUGCGACUGGCAGAACUGAGGAGGAGCAUGAAUGGGGCUUCGUGACUCGCAGGGUCCUCAUAUUGAAUGAUCAUGUUAACUGUAAAUCAUGGACAUGUAAUGAAAUGAUGAAACAU